CGAGUGUAUACAAAUGGCUAUGUUCCGCCGCCGAAGCUCCCGUGGAAAACCUCAACCGCGAACGCACUGCGAGGCUUCUGGAAGUGGUUCCUUACGCCCGUCGGGUUCUUGGUGACCUUAUACGGACUCAACGUCGUCGCAUGGGGUGGCAUGCUCUUCCUAUUGCUAUGUGGUGCCGCUCCAGCAAUGUGCUGGGCCGACGAUUCGGAGCAAGGGUGGGUCUACGACUGCAAUCACAUCGAUUCCGCGCGUAGGAGGUGGAUCGAAUACAACAGCCAAACGCUCAACGCUCUAUUCUGUGUUACGGGCUUCGGUCUCAUUCCUUGGAGAUUCCGCGAUCUAUACUACAUCAUGGCCUACCGCAUGAUCAGUGAACGGAAGCAUGGAAAGGCAAAGAAGAUGCAACCACUGCGAAAACUGGCUGGCCACUAUCGCAACUGGUUUCGGCUUCCAGGCUCAGAUACCUUGGAUUGUGAGCUUGGUGCCGAACACGCCGCACCACAGACAGCAUCGAUUCCACUGCCAGAGUCAAAACGACCUAUCGAUCCUCCAACUGGCCAUCGCGCUCCUCCAACCGCGAUCUGGAAAGCCGACUUCUUUAUCUGGUGUCAAGUCUGGAACACCUUCUUUCAAGCCUGUCUCUGCGGCUUCAUGUGGGGCAUGAACCGCAUCGAACGACCCUCCUGGAGUACCGGUCUCUUUGUCGCUCUAGCUUGCGGUAUUGCCGGGAUUGGGGGUAUCGUCAGCUACAUAGAGGGGCGCAGAGUCAAGAAAGUGGAAGGAGUGCCGCCGACAGCUGCCCAGUUGGCAGCAUUAGGAGCAGAUCAGGAU